AUGGCCAACGAGAGGAUAAGGUGGUGCUUCAACCCACCGGCAGCACCCCACUUUGGCGGACUCUGGGAGGCGGCGGUGAAGUCCUUCAAACAUCACCUCAGGAGAGUGCUAGGAAAAUCGACCCUCACCUAUGAGGAGAUGAGCACUCUCCUCGCGCAAAUCGAGGCUUGUCUCAAUUCCAGGCCGCUGCAGGCGAUGUCCGACGAUCCAGACGACUUGGCGGCAUUGACUCCGGGGCACCUCCUCGUGGGAUCAGCGUUCAACGCCAUCCCAGAGGCCAGCUUCCUGGACGUGCCGAUCGGCCGCCUCUCACGCUGGCAACUGCUCCAGAGGAUGCGCAACCACUUUUGGAACAGGUGGUCGCAGUAA